AUGUCCAAUUCUUUAAGAGGAGAAGUACUGAAUCUUUAUAAAAAUCUGCUGUAUCUUGGGAGAGAGUAUCCAAAAGGAGCAGACUAUUUUAAAAGGCGUCUGAAGACUGUUUUCCUUAAAAACAAAGAUGUGACGGACCCAGUGAAGAUCAAAGAACUUAUUGGACGGGGCGAAUUCGUAAUGAAAGAGCUAGAGGCCUUAUACUUUCUUAGGAAAUACAGAGCUAUGAAGCAACGCUAUUAUCCAGAAGGCAAACAAACUAACUGAUCAUUGUUACGAUAAUUACAGCUGAAAAUCAAAGCAAACCAUUUAUAAUUACUAAAUAGUAUAAAAUAAUUCUAAUUGAAAACAAUCAAGGCAUCUACAUUGUGUAAAAAAUACCUGAGCUGCCUUACUGCACUAAAUUGAAUAGAUUCCAGAUUUUAUUCAUAGAGAGUUUAAUCAGGCAUCCUUUAUCUAAAAUUUUGUUAAAAUUUGUGAUAUAGCUAUAAAAUGUUGCCAGCUACAAUUAUAAAAUUAAUGAGCACCUAGUUUUGGAAUGAAAUACUUAAAAACUUUAUCAAAUCUAUAAAGUUCUAGCCCGUUAUUGCCAGUUAAUUUAUCUUACUGACAGGCUGUUUAAUUUGCGUAACUACCGUAUAGACUCGAGUAUAAGCCGACCCAAGUAUCAGCCAAGGCACAUAAUUUUACCACAAAAACUGCAUUAAAAAUGUGUUGAAAAACUCGGCGUAUACAUGAGCAUAUAUGGUAAGUGAAAUAAAUUGUUGCUCAUUUAUGCCCCACUUUUGAAGGCAUAACUUUUGAUUCAGUGAUUAUUAGUACAUACUUUUUACUACAAAACAAAUAGCACCUGGUAAUAGUGUAAAUGUAGUUAAGGAAUUAUAUGUAUAGUC